AUGCAGGUUCCUCUACUAAGACUGCAAUGCGGCGUCAACUCGUACGCCUGGGGCAAGAAGGGCAACGAGUCUGCUGCUGCUCGCUUCGCUGCUGCUACGCCAUCUGACGACCUCAAGAUCGAGUCCGACACUCCUUACGCUGAGCUCUGGAUGGGCACGCAUCCCUCAAAUCCCUCCCGAGACGUCAAGACCGGCCGAUCCCUCCUCGAGCUCGUCCAGGACAACAAAGCCUUCCUCUCGUCCACCAUCAUCUCCCGCUACGGAGAGAAGCUCCCCUUCCUCUUCAAGGUGCUCUCGAUAAACAAGGCCCUCUCGAUCCAGGCCCACCCCAACAAGAAGCUCGCCGAGCAGCUCCAUGCCCGCGACCCCAAGAACUACCCCGAUGACAACCACAAGCCCGAGAUGGCCAUCGCCAUCACCCCCUUCGAGGGUCUCUGCGGGUUCCGCCCUCUGGCUGAGAUUGCGCACUUUCUUGAGUCUGUGCCUGCGCUGAGGGCUCUGGUGGGAGAUGAGGCUGCUGCCGAGUUUGCGAAGGUUGCCAAGGAUGAGGAGGAGGGUGUUAGUGAGGACAAGAAGGUGCUGCUGAAGAAGGUUUUUGGCGCGCUCAUGAACUCGUCUGCUGAGGCGAUUGCUGAGCAGACUGCUAAGCUGGUUGAGCAAGCGAGCAACGAGGGUGCUAGUUUUGCUGCUGGCGGCGUGGCUGCUACGUCUGGCGAGAAGCUUUCUGAGCUCGUCCAGCGAUGUCACGGCGAGUUUGGCGACGACAUUGGCCUGUUUGUGCUCUUCUUCCUCAACUUUGUCACUCUCGAGCCUGGUGAGGCCUUGUUCCUGGUUGCUGAUGAUAUUCAUGCCUACAUCUCUGGAGAUAUCAUGGAGUGCAUGGCUGCCUCGGACAACGUUGUCCGCGCGGGCUUUACCCCCAAGUUCAAGGAUGUCCCCACCCUCGUCGAUAUGUUGACCUACAACUACGCCCCCAUCGAGGAGCAAAAGAUGUCACCCACAGAGUACCCCUACGCGACUCUCAACCGCAGUGGCUACAGUUCAGGCUCAGCCGUCGUCCUCUACGACCCCCCGAUCGACGAAUUCAGCGUGGUGCGCACCCUGCUCCGGGGUGACGGCGCAAAGGCCACCUUUGAGCCCCUCGACGGGCCCAGCAUCAUCAUCUGCACCAGCGGCAAGGGCAAGAUCUCUGUCGGCCCCACGAGCGCCGAGAUUCGCGAGGGAUGGGUGUACUUUGUCGGCGCUACGGCCGAGUGCGUGCUCGAGUCCGAGGGAGGAGAGGAUGAUGAGUUUACGACUUAUAAGGCGUUUUGCGAGAUUGAUGACUCCAAGGAGAAGCUAUGA